GCUUAUGGAUUCGUAGCUGCAUCAUUCACUGGUGGAAGUGACACUUCAUACUGUAGCGUUUGUUUGAAGCUCACUUUUACUGAAUCGCCCCUCGAAGGCAAAACAAUGAUUGUCCAAAAUGUAAAUACUGGUUCCGACCUAGGCGAAAAUCAGUUCGAUGUGCAAAUUCCCGGAGGUGGUGUUGGAAUUUUCACCUUAGGGUGCUCAACUCAGUGGAAUUCUUCAACAACUGGCUGGGGCGCUCAAUAUGGUGGAAUAUCAUCCGACGAUGAUUGUGACGAACUUCCCACUGAAUUACAAUCUGGGUGCCACUUUAGAUUUGGCUGGUAUGAAGAUGCUGACAAUCCCACAGUUGAUUUUGAACAAGUCGAAUGUCCAUC